GUAUAUUUACAGUAAUGUGUUAUAAUGUGCUCUGUGACAAAUAUGCGACACGGCAAAUGUAUGGUUAUUGUCCAAGCUGGGCGCUUGAUUGGGAAUAUCGGAAAAAAGGGAUUCUCGACGAGAUACGACAUUACGCAGCAGACAUUAUCAGCCUGCAGGAGGUCGAGACGGACCAAUUCUACAAUUUCUUUCUGCCGGAGCUCAAACACGACGGUUACGAUGGAAUUUUUUCUCCAAAGUCUCGAGCGAAGACAAUGGCGGAAAACGAUCGUAAAUACGUUGACGGCUGCGCUAUUUUUUAUAGGACGGCCAAAUUUACUCUAAUAAAGGAGCAUUUAGUCGAAUUUAAUCAACUAGCAAUGGCCAAUGCAGAAGGGUCUGACAACAUGUUGAAUCGGGUAAUGCCGAAAGAUAAUAUUGGACUGGCCGCCUUGCUUAGGACCAAGGAGGCUGCUUGGGACAACGGAUCUUUUGUAACACAAGUUCAACAACCAAUUUUAGUUUGCACAGCACACAUUCAUUGGGAUCCAGAAUUUUGCGACGUUAAAUUAAUUCAAACAAUGAUGCUCAGUAAUGAAUUACGUUCCAUUUUGGACCAAGCUGGCCAGUCUUUUAGGCCUGGUCACAAGCCUGACUCUUCCAAUGUACAGUUAUUACUUUGUGGUGACUUCAAUUCCCUACCUGAUUCUGGUGUAAUUGAAUUUCUUACAUCCGGUCGAGUAGCGGCUGAUCACCGUGAUUUUAAAGACUUAGCUUAUAAAUCCUGCUUACAAAAAAUCUCUGGUUGCGACAAACCUAAUGAAUUUACUCAUUCUUUUAAACUUGCAUCUGCCUAUAGUGAAGAUAUCAUGCCCUACACUAAUUAUACAUUCGAUUUCAAAGGUAUAAUAGAUUACAUUUUCUACUCAAAACAAAGUAUGGUACCACUAGGACUUUUGGGACCUCUAAGCACAGAUUGGUUUAGAGAACAUAAAGUAGUUGGUUGUCCACAUCCUCAUAUUCCAUCUGAUCAUUUUCCUCUACUAGUGGAGCUUGAAAUGACUCCAACAGUAGGAACAAGUAAUGGAUUGAUCUCACGCAGGUAGCAGCCGCUGCGAUCUAGGCCCAAGUAAUUAUAAGGGAAUAAUAAAAGAUAAUAAAAAUGAAAUC